AUGAAAGUUGUGCUGGACAGCAGAACAGACGAGCUUGUUUCAGUAUCGUUAGACGGGACCAAGACGCGGAUUCAUAUCUACAGACAAUGUCGUUUACAGGGUGUUGUGGCAGUUCCCGAGUUGGUACUAGAUAUGUGUGUUGGAAGUCAGGUGUCACAUGAUACAGCAAACAAGGGAUGGCUUUUGUACAUCUUAACCUGUUGCCAGCUUUAUGUUGUUGAUGAAACUCAGGUUGUAACAAGCAGAUCAGAGAAAGGCUUGGUAGACAACAAAACAAAAGGUGGAAAUCAAGAGAUCUUCAGUGAACUCCUUGGUAAAGGUUCUAUCUUUGGGAUGAGUGAGUUUGAGGUGGUGUCCCAGCCAGUGUACCAAGUUACAAGGGGUCAUUCAUUGCUGGAGGUAGGACAAGAAGUAGCGAGUUUAGCCGUUGGAUGUGGUGUGAUUGUCAUCGCAUCAUGCUCUCAGGAUCGUUAUGUAAUACAGUUAUACUUAAUGGCUGAUCUGCACUCAGAGACACCGAGAAACAAACUUCCUGUUCAGACCUAUGUUAUACAUAGACAUUUGACAGCCCCUGGUAAUGAUCAGGAACUCUGCCAAAAAUUACCUAUAUAUACUGAACAUGGACAAGAAUUGCAUUCCAGCCCUAGUGAUCAGUCUAUAUCCUUACAUCUAGUCAUGCCCAAUGAUGGCAUCUCAGACCAACAAAGAUUCUCAUCUGUUCUGGAAAUCUCCAAAGACAUUUUUCAGGCCUUUUGUGGUUUUGAGUUGUCAUUACUGAACUCUCCUUUAUUAUUAUUAUGUCCACCAGAGGGCUCUGUUUAUUAUGCACCAAUCAAGUCUCUUGACACAAUAGAUAAAACUGUAAGGAUAUUUUGUCACACACAUCAUCCAGUUAUUAAAGUAGGCAAGAUAGAGGUGAAGGUGACGGAUAGAACAGAUGGUGUAGAGGGUGGCCUCCAAGACACACGUAUGGGAUUGGUUGUGAUAUCAAAGGAUGGGAGGGCAUUAUUAGCUACACUGGAAAAUUCCCAGAAAUUGGAAUUCAUUGAGUUUGCUUUGCCAGGCUCAAUUUUGGACAUUGAUAUGCAUGACAAUAAGAUUUACCAGUCAACUGAUAUGGAUGUGUUUGAGAGCAAAUUGGAAAUAAGCCCAGAGCCAUUAGGGCUGUCUUGCCGCACUGUGGAACUAAUGUAUGCUGGGGUGAAGGAGCUAGCCUGUCUCCAUAACAACAACCAUAUUGAAGGAGGGGAAUGUAACCUGAUGCUGAUGACACCUGGGCUCCAACCAAAGGUUAUUAAUCCUGCUGUAAGACAGAAGCGAGGAAAACCAUCUGUGGGUGCUGGUCACAUCAUUCGUGAUCUUCUCGGUAGCAUCAGUAAGUGUAACCAGGAGACUGAGGCUUUGCAGCAGCAGAAGUGUCAUCAGACAAAGAAAUUAUCUCAACUAAACAUGGCUGCCUUUCUGUCAACACAAGACCCACACAGCCCAGACUUUCCACUCCAGUUCUCUGUCUCUCACGUAGGCACUCGGCCCCAACAGAACAAUGAUUGGGUGCUUUCUUGUCACAUGACUAAUAUAAGUAACAUGUAUCUCUCUGGUGAUUGGACGGUUAUGAUAAUUUUGAGUGAUAACAAACAUGAGUUUAUGACUUUAUCCUUCCCUGUCCCCAAUGGACUUGGACCUGAGACAAGCCUGGAGUUCCAUUUGGUUCCACCAACCUCACACUGCUCCCUUCUGAGACCUGUGGAGGUGAAGACUAGUCUACUGAUUCAGGCCAAUGAAGAGAAUCUGUCUGUAAUGAAUAUACCGAUCAGUACAUUUACUUUGGACAUUUUGUACGGCAUGGUCACCUCUGAGGAUGUGACUGCAGUGACCUCCCUAAGUAAGGAGGUCAGUGUUACACAGCUGGUGAGAGAGAUUGCAGAGGCCCAGCCGAUAUCAAAAUGUUUGGAAUCACUCCCAGCUCCAACACCAGCAAUGGUCAGUGUUCAUGUUCCAAACCAUGUCCUCGAGUCAGAUCAACUCUCUGUAUACCAUACAGAAACCUGUCCUCUGCUAAGUUACCUGCUCAAGUCUAGCUCAGUGAACCCUCGCAACAAUUCUGUAUCCAUGGUGACAGCGGGAGGACACAAGGUGCAGCUGACCACAGAGGGGAAUUUACUGACCAUACACAGUGACAAAGCUGAAGUAACCAUAGCAACCAGACAAGCCAUAAUCAACAGACUCCUAGAUAUAAGUAAGCAAGGUACCAAACGCUUUCAUCAUUGUGACAGACUGGUACAUCAUCUCAAUAGCUUACAGCAUCUGCAGGACAAGUUAUCAGAUCUUAAUUCUGGCAGUUAUUGUACAUCAGAUAUAAGCAAAUACCAGAACAAAGUGUUUGGUAUUUACCAUUACAUCCGUUCCACAGCCAAAGUUGAGUGA